AUGCCGCCUCCUGCGCAAGAUUCGUCCCAAGAAGCAGCAUCCGCGCAAUGUGCGAGCAAUCCAGGCCGAGCUUUCUUCGAUUCCUUCUUCGCGCAAGCAUUAGAUCAAGCUGGUCUGCAAGAUGCUUCCCUGACACCAAAUCGCAUAUCCGCCCACGCGCCAGGCUAUGCUGAGGACACCAAGGCGCGCCGUCUGAACGAGCUCAGUGGCAGCACAGUGGGCAUCAGCGAUGCAUCGCAGCCUAAGAGCGACGCCAACAAUGGCACGCCUGCUUACAGCGGUCUCGAUUGUGGCUCCAACCCUGGCCCCUCGGCAGAACAGCUAGAGGCUGAGAGCGCAUACACGCGUGCAAAGCAGCACUCUUCGCUGGCUCUAAACAAUACAACGGCAGGAGCGCCAGGAGGUGGAUGCAGACCCAAAGGGAAGCGCAGCGAUAAGCAAAGUUUGAAUCGCGCCUUUCAUGGGUUGGGCAAAAGAAGCGCUGCGGACGAUGCUAGCAUGAGCGCAGUCCAGGACCUCGCAUCCACAGCGCACCCAUCACGUCCCAUUGCUCUGCAACACUUGGAACGAGCACAAUUGCUGCAGGAGAUGCAAGCGGAGAGGGACAGCUUUGCCGCAGCUUCUUCCCAGGCGACUCUUCCGGGAAUGGAGUCGGAGGAGUCGGACGAUGAAGACCUGGCGCUCCUUGGAGAGGGUCUAGACGCGCCCGCUUCACUGUCCGAGAGCACUCAGUCCAUUCUCAGUCUGACUCAAAGCAUGAGGGAAGCCAGCUCGCCUGCUGCGGCCUUGGGACAUGCGCCUACAUCCAUGAGCAACAUCAACGCUGGCUCGUCGUCGUCUGCUGGUGUCUCCAACUUUCGCAGCCCACCUAUCUUGCCCGUGGGCGCCAGUGCUGGUCACAAUCAGUUGCUGUCGAGGCAGAACAGCUUCAGGAGCGCUAGUGCGAGCGGGCAGAGGACUCCUGUCAUGGACAAGGAUGGUCUAGGAUGGCCAGGUGAGUUGUUGCAUGAAAGUGUUCAAAAGGCAGUAGAGUGUCCGCGGAGGGCUGCUAGCUGAGGCUAGCGUUGCGCACUACGCCAAUCCGCUCAACGCUUCUUCUGCGCUUUUGCAGCCAAGUCCACCCUCGAUCGGCUCAAUCAUACGCCGGCUCAGGCCGCUGCUAAUUCAGCUCGUCUAGCAGGCGCUGUUAGGACCAUCUUGCAGUGCCUCGGCGAAGACCCGGAUCGGGAGGGCCUGAGAAGGACGCCGGAAAGGUAUGCCAAGGCGCUGCUUUGGAUGACGCGUGGCUACGAAGAGAGACUAAGCGGUGAGAUUGGCGAGUGGCAGCAGCUCGGCGCGUGUGACCGCAAUCGUUGACCUUCACCGUGGCACAUAGACGUCAUAUCGAAUGCAAUCUUUGACGAAGAACAUGACGAGAUGGUCAUCGUCAAGGACAUCGAGAUCUCGAGCUUGUGCGAGCAUCACUUGGUCCCUUUCAGGGGCAAGGUGAGUUGGGCCUUUCGUCGCACGAUCUCUGAAUUGCUGCCUCUGACAAUCUGGUCCGCGCUGCCGCGCUCAGAUCCACAUUGGCUACCUGCCGAAUCGCUUGGUGAUCGGCUUGUCGAAAUUAGCGCGCAUCGCAGAGACAUUCGCUCGUCGACUUCAAGUGCAAGAGCGUCUGACCAAACAAGUGGCCUUGGCGCUAGAAGAAGCGAUUCACCCGCAAGGCGUAGCUGUUGUGGUCGAAUGCGAGCACAUGUGCAUGUCGGCCCGUGGGGUGCAAAAGCAAGGCGCGACGACCGUCACUAGCUGCAUGCUCGGCUGCUUUAGGAACAGCGCAAAGACCAGGCACGAAUUCUUGACUCUUAUCAAUCGCAAGUAG